AACUGCUAGUCUGAAAGACUGAAAUCUGAAUGGACUUCUUGGGAUUCAAAACUUCCAGCCAGUAGCCACCUCAUCCAAUCAUCACAUUGAGGUGAGGUGUCGAGAAUCAAUUGGAUAUCUCCACUGACACCGUCCUCGAUGUACAGAUUCUUUUAUUUGAUACAGUGCAUCAAUCUCUAAGUUACAUUAUUGUACUCAAAAUUUUACUUAUCCCCAUUUCUCUCUUUUCAGUCCUUCCCCUCCUUUCUUUGUAUCAUUCAUCAACUUUCUCUCUGAUCUUUUCACACUCUCCUCCACCACCACUCCACUCUACUCCACCACCACCACUACUCCAUUUUCUGCCACCAAAAAUGGCAAAGCUCUUGCAAAUUCUGCUCUCGGUGCUGCUUGUUCACUUGAUUUACGCUUCGACGGCGACGGCGGGAAGGAUGACUGUAAAGGUUAAGGAACAGAUAAUGUGUACAAUGUGUGAUGCUUGUGAAAAUCCGUGUGAGCCACCGAUUACUUAUGCAUCUCCACCGCCUCCGCCAACACCGUCACCGCCACCACCAACACCGACGACUAGCGAUUGUCCACCACCACCUUCUCAGAGUACUCCGGUUUAUUAUUACUCACCACCACCACCAUCAACUCCAUCUUACACACCGUACACACCACCAGCUAUAGGUGGAUUAAUUAAACCACCACCCAGUGGUUAUAAUUUAUAUCCUGGACCACCACCACCUAAUCCAAUCGUACCUUACUUUCCAUUCUACUUUCAUGCCCCUCCGCCACCUUCAUACUCUUCUUCAGCUAAUUUGAUCAAAAUCAGGAGUUGUUUUUCAGUGAUUUCUCUUGUUUUGGUUUUUCUUUGCUUUUUUUAGUAGGUAGUUAAUAGAUCUGGAGUUCACCAAAUCAUCCCUUCAAGGAAACUUAAUUGAUUAAUCAGUAGCAUUUGAGCACGACAGGAGUACAGCCAAGAACACGAUUGAAGCCAAUAAGAAGAAGAUAAGCUUCAGAGUCGUUUCUCCAGAAAUGGGCAAAUCAGACUGAUUCUUCAAAACGGCAAGUUUUUUUGCUUCAGUGGCUCUCCAAAAUUUCAGGUUGAUUUUCGUUGAAAUAUGAAAAUUCUACAGUAAUUUGAAAUGCAAGGAAAUAUAUAAUAUAUUGUAUUAUUAUUUAUAGAUUUCAUGGAAUUAUAUUUAUAGUUUUAAAAUUUCACAUUAGUUUCAUGUUACUUUCAUUCUCUGUGUUUUGGAGUUGUUAAACUCAUUUACAUUUACCAUAUAAUUUCCAUGAUUUGAUCUGUAACAGAACACUUUUUAUUUUAGGAAAUAAAAUAAGUUCUUCUCA